GAGCCACACUCGUACACUCGUUCUUUCUUUGUAUGGUAUGUAUGUGUGCGUGUGCACCGUGUCUUUCUCCCUCAACCCAAUCGGAUAAUACGAAAACGCUCUCCUCCUCACUCUCUCUCUCUCUCUCUUCCUCGCUCCGCUCCAUACAGUAAUUUAGGGCAAAAUCUCCCAAUCUUCUUCCGACGCUGUUUCUGUUUUUGUUCUAUCCUUUAUUUUUUUUUUUUUUUUUUGCUGUCGAUUUACUGCAACUCUUUACUGGUAUCUUUCUGCCGGAGCAAAGCCAUAUCCAACUUUUAUCUUUUCUGCUCUCGCUUCGUUUUCUAGGGUUUCGUUCCUUUUAAUUCCACAAAAUAAGAUCAUAUAACUGCAAUAUGUGUUUUGGAUGGCUGCAUUUUGAUCUUGUAAGAGACGCCAUUGAUUCAACAUGAUCAAGGCAGUUUUGUAUCAUCUGUUCGUUUGAUGUUUUCUGGGGAAUUCUUUUGACAUCGUGCAUGAAUGGCCGCUGAUCAACGGAGAAAACGGUUGAAUAGUGCUAGUGUUGUGGGUUGCAAUUCUAGGGAGCAACAUAGAGCAAAAAGGAAGAAUAAAGGGUUGCAGCAAUAUGAUUUAAACAUGAAAUCUCAUAUUUCUCUUCACUGGGACUUAAAUCAGAAAAGGGUUAUUGCUAAAAGGGAGCAAAUUGGCAUAAGUUGGAGAGAUUUGAGGCCAUUUGUUGGUUCUUCUCCUAGCAGUAAGAAUAUCUUAGCAGAUAUUUACGCUAUUCCUCCGGAAAUUCAUGAGUUGGAAAAUCUAAGAGAGGUGCUUUCAUAUGAGGUUUGGGAGACCCAUCUAUCUGAAAAUGAGAAAAAUCAUCUGAAGCAGUUUCUUCCAGCAGAGCCAGAUGCAGAGCAAGUUGUUCAUGCAUUGCUUUCAGGGGAUAACUUACACUUUGGAAGCCCUUUUCUCAAAUGGGGUGCUUCAGUUUGUUCUGGUGAUCUUCACCCUGACACCAUUCUUCAGCAGGAUCAGUGCAUAAAGGCUGAAAAGAAAGUAUACUAUGAAGAGUUGCGCAAAUAUCACAAUGAUAUGAUUGUAUACUUACUGAGUUUGAAGGAGAGAUUUGCAAGCUGUAAAGAUCCAGAAAAGGAAUUUUUGCAGAAGAUAUUGAGGUCAAAAAAUAAUGGGGAUAAAAGAAUUUCCUCGUGUGCAAAUGAAUCGGGAUUUCAUGUUCGUGAGGAUGAUGUUACACUUACAGCUACAUCUGAAUCAUGUUCUUAUGUUGCUGAUGAGAAAGCAUGUAGUAGUGAUAACCAGAAUUCCUCAGUGGUCAAGGGUGGAGAAUUUGAUUAUAGGGUGAGUGAGAAAGGCCUCCUUAAAGACAAAGGUCGAAAUCCAUUGAUUGUUUCAGAUGGUGCACUUAAUGUAGGAGCAAGACCCAGAAAAGGAGACAAGCUACACAAGCGGAAUAUCCAUCGUAGCGAUGGUGCUAAAUACAUGUCAUAUUUUAAGAUUAGCAAGAAACAGCAUGAAAUUGUCAAGAAUAUGAAGCAGUCUGGUAAAAGCAUCCAGUCCAGGUCUCUUAACCGAGUUUUAGGUAACAUUGAUGAUAUUAAUGUGCAACCGUAUGAAGUAUUCGUUGCAGAAGAACAAAAGAAGUUGCAUGAGCACUGGUUGCAAUUGGCAAAAGAAGCUAUCCCAACUGCAUAUAUGAACUGGAGAGAAUUUCAUUUACAGAAACAACAAGUGAUAAAGUCUCUGGAGGAGGACAUGAAAAGCAGAGUAGAGUUUCAAAUAGAGGUUCAGGAUGAUGAAUACAGUGGCAGUGGGAGUGGAAGUGGGAAUGAAAGUGGUAGUGGGAGUGGUAGUGGAAGCGGGAGCAGGAGUAGGAGUGGGAGUGGGAGCAGGAGCGGGAGUGAGAGUGACAGUGACAGUGACAAUGACAGUGGGAGUGAGAGUAAAAGUGAGAGUGAGAAGAGUCUGGUCCAGGAUCAGAUAGAAAUUGGAUUGACAAAACAAGUAUCUGCCCCUGAAGAUGAGGAGAAGUCUUUAUCUGGUUCCUCAGAGGAAGAGCAGUCUCCUCGGCAGAUUGCUGUUGGCCAUGGUUUCAACACUAUGGAUAUGGAUUCAGGACAACAUAUGACAGAAAAGUCAGUUCACGUUAAAUUGAGUGCUGGUGAGUACUCUGAAAAUGAAGACGCUCCGGAUGUUGCUCCUGGUCCAGGAGUACAUCUGUCUUCUGGUAAAGAUGUCUGGCCAGCAGCUAACUUGCCACAUCCUUUCUAUGAUUCUACUGUAAGUCAGCAGUAUGCAGCAGCUGGAGAGACACUUGUGGAUCCACAAGUCAACAAAGAACAGCAGACACAUUUGAUUGAUCUGGAAUCCAACUUACGGAUGGGAGAGACACGGAAAACUUUGUUGCACAGACAGUCUGAUGAUCCUUCGUUUAGACAAUCAGAGGAUGCUUCCUUUGAUGCUUACCCUAACCAAGAUCGGAAUGAGUUACUACAAUCUCUCUUCAAGGGCCCAGAGGUGUUAUCCUACCAUCAUGAGCAGAAACAGACGGGGUUAGAUUUGCAGCCUUCAGACAAUAUGCUCAUGGGAAGCGGUCAAUUUUCAGGACAUUUCCAGGACCAGCAGCAGCCUUCUCUGCCACUAGGGCAGGGGCAGAAAAGAGAUAACGAGGUUUAUGUACAACAAAACAUAUCUGAGAACAUUUUUGAUGGAGGCAGAUACUUAAUCCCAAGUCAGGAAUCUUUGCCAGCAGUCAAUGUGCAGGAUUGGGCUGUCAAUAAUGUCCGCAUGCCACCACUGCCGCCACCUCUCCAGCCUCACUUAAAUGCUGGAGAAUUGUUGAACCAGAACUGGUUUUCUGGGGAGCACCAAGUUCGUGGCCGAUGGACUGGAUCAGAUAGUGCUAGCAUAUCUAACCAGAGCAUUGGGAGUGGAAGCAAUGGAGAUCAGAGCUUAUUCAGUGUUCUAUCUCAUUGUAACCAGUUACGUUCUAGUAGUAGCACCCCUUUCCAUUCAGUAGCCUCCACCGAGCAGUUGAUUUCAACAAGGAAUUAUGGAAUGGUGGGUGGUGGGGUUACUCCCAGGAUGAGCAAUAAUACUGUACCACAAGCAGCUGCUGCUACAAGUCAUUCACUUGACUUCAUGAGUGAGCGUGAAGCAGCUUCUCCCAUGAUACCUGAUGAUAUGGUAUGGAUGGGAUUGCCACAUCAAGGUUCUGCUUUACAUGAUUCAAUGGGGAAACCAUACUUGAGGUCAUGGAAUCAAUAAAAAGUAUGCUUUCCGGUUGGAGUUCCAAAUUUUUAGGCCUGGUUCUAGAGACAGGUCAUGACAGGUCUAAGAAAAGGAAAAAAUAAAAAUAAAAAUGUGGGAGUGCAAUAUCCAUUGAAGAGGAAUUUGGGAGGUGUAAUAAUUAGAAGGCAAAAAGAAAUUUGAUGAGAGGGUUUAGGGAGAAAAAUCACAGAAGAAUCUGAAAUACAGACAGGGAGAUAGGAUUUUUGUACAUACCUUAUACAUGAGCCAGCUCAAACACCAUGUGUAUAUAAAUCUAGAUGGUUAGAUGGAGAGGCAGUUGCAAGAGGAGUCACGGGCAGAUUUUGAUUAAACAGAAAGAAAAAAACAAAAAAAAAAAAAAAAAUCGAAAUCCAGGUAUUUGCAUAAUUGUUAGGCAAUUUUAAAAUUUUCACAUUUUAAUUUCAAUUGGGAUUUUUUUUUUUUCCUGUUCCUACUUUGUCUGUUGCUGAGAAAAUAGCUAUCAAUAAUUUUGGAGGCUUUUUAAGUUAUAUAAAUAUAUAGGUAAUUGAAUAUUUGUUUA